AUGCCACACGUUAAACGGAUCAAGCAAGAGGCUGCGUCCGCCGCCCCCUUUGCGAAAGCAGUAUUUCCCAUCGAGGUGCUAGAGGUUGUUUUCUUUUACAUGUAUUCCUGUAAUGACUUCCAAUCUAUUUUAGCGAUCUGCAACCGGACCCUCUUUUCAUAUUACAUGUCUCGGCUGAAUGACUCGAUCGAGAUACCAGGCGAUAUUGGAAGAAAGAUUUUUCUUGCGCCUCCUCUAUUUUCCGAAGUGUGCGUGAAGAACACCAUUUCGCUGGGGGUGUUUUCAGAUGCCAUUUUUAGCUCUUCCUCGGGCAUAUCCAGGCUCUCGAUUUCCGGGAAACAUCUUCCCACCCCGCCGCCCUUAAAGAUACUGUCCGCCCUGCAGGAUAAAUAUUUCUGGGUUAGAAACAUCAAAAAUUUAGAAUUCUCCCACAUAAAGAUACCAGACCGAUUAAAUGUACAAGCUCUUCGAUCGAAUAUUGGAUCUGUCACGCUAUCUCAUGUCUCGGGUCUGGAGGAUCAUCUGAUUUGUUUUCUCUCUUUAUUUCCCAAACUCAACCAAAUAUCUUUGCUGCAUUCAAGCAUCACGCCAUCAAAUCAAAUACACGCAACGGGAAAGCGCAGGUUCUCAUCUCUGACACUUGUCAAGAAUUCGUUUUCUCACGUCGACUUUGACAAGACACACUUUUUUAAAUGGAUCGCUGGGUUCCUCGAUUUAUAUCAGGAGCCGUGCGUGUUAGAAUUAAAUGGGGUUAAAAUGUCACAUGGAAGCUUUUUACGGCUGGUCGAUUUUAAAAGGGCAAAUUUUGCCGCAAACAGGCUACAGUGUGUGUCGCUUGACAACUGUACGUUCUAUCCUCAAAAUGAAGCCUCAUCCUCUCUUUUGGCACAUUUUAUCAGGGGAUUGCCAGAAUUGAAACGGUUUUCGAUUCGCAACUUUCAGCUCGAUGUGACCGGCAUAAAAAGAGGGCUCCUCAAUUUGGUUGAGCUGGAUUUGUCGUUCAACUCUUCAAUUACCAAUGACGUGUUGCACGACAUCGUUACCCUGUCAAGAUUGAMACUUAGAUCGUUAUCUUUGGAGGGCAUUCAGUCGAUAUCAACUGGCUUUCUAUGCGGCCUGGUCAUGAUGCUCAAGCUUGAAAAGCUAAAUGUGUCAAACAUGGCAAUCAAGCUGUCGCAAUUCGUUGACGACGUGUUCCCGAUUUUAUUUGGAUCCCUUCAAGUGAUAAUUGCAAAAAAUUGCUACAGCCUAUGUUCUUCUUCGUUUAUCAAGGUUAUUAAAUCGGUAACUUAUCAUUCGCCCCUGCGAACCAUCGACUUUUCGGACGGAACUUGCUCUAACAUAAGGAUUGAGACCCUAGUAGAGGCCAAGACAUAUUUAUCCAAAUUUGCGUGCAAAUUUUCGCACUGA